AUGCAACCACUGGAAACUUUAUAUAUUGAGAGUACUGCGAAGCCGACGUAUGAGAGGUUUGAUUCGUUGGUGAAUUUCGCGGUCCAGGAACUGCCGGGACAAUUGGAUAUGUUUGAGCCCAGUUACGACUCGGAACGGAUCUUUGCUCAGGUAGGGUCGCUGAUUUAUGUUAUUGACAGUCAGGACGAAUAUUUAUAUGCAUUACAAAAUCUCCAGCAAAUUAUCGAGUACGCUUUCAAAAUCAAUCCAGCCAUUAAUUUCGAGGUGCUUAUUCAUAAAGUGGACGGACUGAGUGACGACUUCCGGCUCGACACCCAGCGUGAUAUCAUGCAGCGAGUGACGGACGAGCUGGUCGAUGCGAAUUUAGAAGGAGUCAAUAUCGCGUUUCAUCUUACCAGUAUCUUCGAUCAUUCUAUCUACGAAGCGUUUUCACGUAUCAUUCAAAAACUGGUUCCUGAGCUGCCUGUUCUUGAGAACCUGCUGGAUAUCCUGUGUCAGCAUUCAGGCAUUGAAAAGGCGUUCCUUUUCGACGUCAAUUCCAAGAUAUACCUAGCGACUGACUCUUCACCUGUAGACGUUGAAACAUACCAAGUCUGUUCCGACUUUAUCGAUGUCGCUGUGGACCUCGACCUGCUAUAUAAACCGUCAUACACCCAACAACAACAACAACCACAGACCCAACAGACCCCCGAGUCCAACAACAGUCCUGGACUUGCAGCCGUCACUAACGGCUCUGGUCCAUCACAAACCCCAGAAGGACCCGGUCUCAAAUGCACCUCCAAACUACACAACGGCAUGGUUCUUUACCUGUCUCAAAUGAUCCGAGGACUGGCACUGGUCGGCAUGAUCCGCAGCGAAGGGGUCCAAAAAAUGACCCUCGUCGACUACAACGUCGAGAUCUUCCGCCAGGGACUCACCCGAGUGUACGCCGAAGACCCUCUCCACCCCCAUCCCGCAUAA